AUGGCCAUACCAUUCUUUCUUGUCGCAGUCGCCUUCCUCGUCAUCAAUGUUCAUGCCGCCGACCAACCGCUCGUGGGCCCGGUUGGAGAGCCCGGCCCCAAUAAGCCCAAGCCCAACUUCAUCUUCAUCAUGACCGACGACCAGGACCUGCUCCUCGACUCGCUCAGCUACCAACCCAUGGUGAAGAAACACUUCAUUGACAAGGGCACCUCGUUCAAGAAGCACUUCUGCACCAUUGCCCUGUGCUGCCCCUCGAGAGUCUCGCUGCUCACCGGCAAGGCUGCCCACAACACCAACGUCACCGCCCUCAGCCCUGUACGUGAUUCCUCUGCCAUUCCUCUGUCCGUGUUGGGGAACCGCCGAGUGGCACUGAAUGCUGACUUUCGAUCUCCAAGCCCUAUGGUAAGUUCCAUGACUGCUGAACCUGGCCACAUCAGCCUCGCAUCCGAGAACCACCCACCCACUCACUCUCGAACCUAUGCAGGCGGCUACAGCAAGUUCAUCGCCGAGGGGCUCAACGACAAGUAUCUGCCGGUGUGGCUACAGGAUGCCGGAUAUAACACUUACUACACCGGCAAGUUUAUGAACGGUCAAACCCUGUCCACCUACAACAAGCCGUUUGCCGCUGGCUGGACACGGUCGGAUUUCCUGAUAGAGCCCAAUACGUACUACUACUGCAAUGCAUCCAUGGCCCUCGACAACGGCCCUGUCCAGUUUCAAACUGGCAAAUAUUCGACCGACCUUAUUGCAAACCGGUCCGUCGAGUUCCUCGGAAACGCCAUCGAGGCUGGGAAGCCGUUCUUCCUCGGCGUCAUGCCCGUCGGACCUCACUCCGAGACGACGUUUGGGAAAACCGGCGCUGUUCGCUUCGGUUCUCCGAGGCCGGCAGAUAGGCACAAGGAUCUUUUUCCCGAUGUCGUUAUCCCGAGAGGUCCAAGUUUCAACCCCGAUACAAUACGUCCUGGGGCUGUCGGCUACUUUACUCGACUACCAGCGCUCAGCAAAGGUCAGAUGAGAUACGUCGACAAGUUCUACCGCAAGAGGCUUCAGUCGUUGCAGGCCGUCGAUGAUCUUGUCAGCGACAUCAUGACGAAACUUGAGGCCCAUCCUGAUGUCCUGGCCAACACAUACCUCUUCUACACGAGCGACAACGGCUAUCACAUUGGUCAGCAUAGACUGCCCCCGGGCAAGACGUGCAAUAUUGAAGAGGAUAUCAAUAUCCCAUUCAUCGCGCGCGGACCCGGUAUCGCAGCCGGAAAGGCGGUAUCCUUCCCGAGCUCGCAUACGGACGUCGUCCCAACCCUCUUCGAGCUUGCCGGUAUCCCUCUGCAUGACGACUUUGACGGCGAGCCAAUCCCUCUCACGACAGCGAGUCAAGGGUCAAAGAAGCUGAAGCAGGAGCACAUCAAUGUCGAGUUCUGGGGACACGGUAUCGUCGAGGGAAGGGUUUUCUCUAGGGCGACAAGGCUCAUCAUGGAUCCCAAUACGUACAAGACAGUGCGUGUCGUCAGCGACGACUAUGAUCUUUCCUAUAGUGUGUGGUGCACAAAUGAUCAUGAACUAUACGAUAUCAAAGCCGACCCAAACCAGCUGCAAAACCUGUACGGCCACCAAGGCACCAUAUCGGGUUUUCGCAUCCCCCAGAUCUCGGCCCGACUCGAUGCCCUGCUGCUCACGCUUAAGAGCUGCAAAGGCAAGGCCUGCCGACGACCGUGGGAGGAGAUGUUUCCAUCCGGAACGGUCAGAAGUCUCGGCGACGCGCUAGCUCCAAAGUACGAUGAAUUCUUUUUGAAAACGCAAGCCAAGGUGACGUUUUCGAAGUGUCUUAAUGGGUACAUUACUUCGGCCGAAGGCGCUUUGAAACCGCUGGUAUAUGGUAAUAGAACCAACGUCUCUGGCAUGGCCAUCGAAGCUAGAUGGGGGGUCUUCGAUUGA